AUGUCUUGGGGAUUUAAUUCUUCCAAAAUUGUGAAAACCGAAUUCAAGCAUAUAUUAAUAUCAAACAAUAAACCCAUUAUUCGUGGACGAGAAAGUAGGCCUUAUAUGGACGAGCCUUGGCAAGGGCAAGAGAAGAGACUAUAUGACUUGUUCAUCAAAAGCUUAGAACCAGAUGUGGUCAACUCUGUAUACUGCUUUUCGAGCAGCGGAUAUAUUCCGGACUCGGCAUUUAUAGAUGGUGAUACAAAGAUGUUGAUCCAUCAUUAA